AUGACGACGACCAGCGCCACCGCCGCCGCCAACCACGACCCCCCGCCAUCCGAGCAGCACGCGCCCCCUCCGCUCGAGAAGCAACACCCGCCCGCGUCCGAGCAGCAGCACCCCUCCCUGUCGCUGAAGCAGCAUCCUCCCCUGUCGCUGAAGAAGCAGCCGCCGCGGUGGGAGAAGCAGCACCCCCCCGAGUCGGAUGCUAUGCAGCCCGAGCUGCUGUUGUUGUCUUCGUCGUCGUAG